AGGCUGCAAAUCAGUGAACUCUGAAUCUGAACUCAGCGGUCAACAGCCUUAUUUGCAUUUGGGUGCUUUUCAUUCAGUCAGAGUAGACUAAUACAGUAGGCACAUGAGAGAAGAUUCAGGUACAUCGAACAACAUAUUUCUGUCACCUCAUACAGGGGUCUUUAUUGAAGGAAAGUGAAGGAUGAAAUGCUGGAGAUGCUGGCUGGCAGCAGUAGCCCUGCUGCUGCUUGGUGUGGCUGGAGUUAACAUGGAGCAUCUCCAAGCUCAGAACCUGAAUCUGCUUCCCCCACAUGAGCAUAACUUGGUCCUGAACCGUGAAAUGAGAGUGCUGCCCAGAGACUGUUAUGAAAUGCUGAUGACCUCUUCAGGCCAGGCCAGAGACGGGGUGUACCUGAUCCAACCAGGUGACUCCCCCAUCGUGGCUUACUGUGCCAUGCAGGAGGGAGGAUGGACUGUUGUGCAGCAUAUCACUGUUAACAGCAGUGUGAACUUUGAUUGUACCUGGGCUGAGUACAAGCAUGGCUUUGGGCAUGUCACUGGGGAUCACUGGCUUGGGAAUGAAUACCUUCAUCAGCUCACCAUCGGCCCUGGGCGCUAUAAACUAGGAGUAAAACUAGUGGACCGCGACGCCAUCACCAAGACGGGGGAGUAUGACCCCGUUCUAGUUGAGGAUGAAGCAUCAGCAUACAGGCUGAGGCUGGGGCUGUUCCAGGGCACAACUGUAGACGCUCUGACCCUGGACACAGAGAACUACCUGCAUGAUAACCAGAAAUUCACCACUAAAGACAGAGACAAUGACAACUACUUCCAAAACUGUGCCAAGCUGGAGUUUCAGGGGGUGCCUGGAGGAGGCUGGUGGUACGAUGCCUGUGCUGGUGCCAAUCUGAAUCGCAGGAAUGUCAUCUACUGGCAAAAGGACUGCAACAAAGAGCGACUGUGCAAGUACGCAUGGAUGAUGGUGAGACCUUCAGACACAGUUAAACUGAUUCACAGCGGAGACUGCAAGAAAGACGAGCUAUAAGGACACCAUUUUUUAGCAUUUGUGAUACCGGGUUCGUCAUGGCUAAGUGAUAAACAUUAUGGACUACGUGUUAAGCUUUUUCUGUUUUUGUUUGGUUUUGUUUGACAUUUUCUUUCUAACAAACACUACGAUGGGUGACAUCAGCAAUUUUCUCUCAAUAGCUAUUAAUAGCUAAUAGCUAUAUCAACACAUUUUAUUCAGAAAUGCAGGAACAUGAUCACAAAAUAAUUACCGACAUUAAACAACAGAAUAUAAAAUAAAAUAAAAAAACAUUACAGUUUUAGCUCUAGCUUUGUUUCCAACAUACAAUCUGUCAGUACAUGAAGAAAAGCAGCUCUUUCAUUUCCCAAAUUGCAAGUGCAGAUUUCUGGUUUAUCACAGUUAGAAAAAAGACUUUCAUGACAUUUAGCUUAUGACACGUGUAAAGUAUCUUUUGUGUGUCAUCUUCCAUCCAAUGUUUACACAAAGGAACAUUUCACAAACAAACAGCUUUUUUUUU